AUGGCAGAUAAAUCUCAUUUAAUAUGGCAAAUAUUUCAAACAAUUCAAGAGAAUGAUAAUGGUCAGAUUUUAUGGAAUUUACUUGAACAAAUAACAACAGAUAAUGGAAUUGUUUAUAUGAAAUAUGGCAAUGAAACACCGCAAUCAUUAGCAGAAAAACUUCAUCGACAAAAUCUAUUAAAAUUAAUUCAACUUCAUCAAAAAUUAACUUAUCAUCGUGCACAAUUUUAA